GUUGCCAAAAUGUCGAUUUUCCAAGGUUCUGAAACAUCCCAGCCUCACAUUGCUCUCUUUCCAAGUGCUGGAAUGGGUCACCUGACCCCUUUUCUCCGUCUUGCUUCCGUGCUAUUGUCACACAAUUGUAUGGUAACUCUGAUCACUACUAAAUCUACUGUAUCAGUAGCCGAGUCCACAUAUAUUUCUUUCUUUCUUUCAACACAUCCAGAAAUCAAACAUAUUGAAUUCCAAGUUCCUCCUAUGCAACCUUCCAAUACCACUACAGAUGAUCCUUUCUUCAUCCAAUUCAAAGCUACUAGCCGUUCUGCCCAUCUUAUACAUCCUUUAAUAUCUUCUUUAUCGCCACCUCUCUCUGCCAUCUUUUCUGACUUAGUAGUAGCCUCUGGUGUCAGCAAAGUUGCUAUUGAUCUUGGUAUUCCUAAUUACACUGUAUCCACCACUUCUGUCAAGUUUCUUUCUCUUAUGGCUUAUCUUCCAAUCCUGACAUCUGAUGCUGCUAGACUGAGCGACAGAUCUACUGAAAUUGAGAUACCAGGCCUAGCCCCACUGCCUAUAUCAAGCAUUCCACCUCCAUUCUUUAACCCUGAUCAUCUUUUUACAGCAACCCUUGUAUCAAAUGCCAUAGCUCUCCCGGAUUGCAAAGGAAUUCUAAUGAAUACAUUUGACUGCUUUGAGCCUGAAACUCUUUCAGCAAUCAACAAUAAGAGAGCUUUAAGAAAUCUCCCUCCAAUUCUCCCCAUAGGGCCAUUGGAAACUUAUGAGCUCAAGAAGGACCAGGGUCAGUAUCUACCAUGGCUAAAGAACCAACCAGCAGAAUCUGUUGUGUUUCUAAGCUUCGGAAGCAGAACAGCCAUGUCAAAGGAUCAAAUAAAGGAAUUAAGAGAUGGACUAGAAAAAAGUGAGUAUCGAUUCCUUUGGAUACUGAAGAUGAAAACAGUUGACAAGGAUGACAGUGAAGAUUUGGAAGACUUGUUAAGCUCUUCAUUUCUAGAAAGAACAAAGAACAAGGGUAUGGUAUUAAAGGAGUGGGUGAACCAGCAAGAUAUUCUAGCACAUCCUGCGGUUGGAGGCUUUGUAAAUCAUUGUGGGUGGAACUCAGUGAUGGAAGCAGCUCAGAGAGGGAUUCCAAUGCUGGCAUGGCCUCAACAUGGGGACCAAAGAGCGAACGCAGAGGUUUUGGAGAAGGCAGGGCUUGGAAUAUGGGAUAGGACAUGGGGCUGGUGUGGUCAGAGGUUGGUUAAAACAGAUGAGAUUCAGAAAAGGAUCAGUGAGCUGAUGACAGAUGCGAAGCUGAAGAGUAGAGCCAAGAAGGUAGGAGAAGAAGCUAGGAAAGCCACUGGAAAUGGUGGGAGUUCCAUAAAGACAAUCAUGGAAGUCAUUGAAUCGUUAAAGCAAAACAACAGGAGCUGAGGUUUCCCCUUUUUGGUCAAUUUCUUAUUAAUUUCCUUAUUGUUUUAGGUUCUCUUAAAAGAAAAACCAAAACUAGAAUGGGAUAUUGUUGAAGCAGGAAUUUUCUUGACUUCAGCCAAUGUUCUUAGUUUAAUUGGCAUUAGUGGAACAGUGUGAUCCAAGUCAAUGUAUGAGCAAAUUUUAGUUAACUUUUUUAAUUGAACUUUUCUUAACGUGUAAGCUAUGUGAAAGAUGCUGCACUAAACAUGUUGUUUAACUUUUUAUCCUCUUUUGGCUGCUUAUAUGCU